ACGCGGCUCAAAGUCGAGCUGAUUUUGCGAACGUCCUUUCGCAAACUGAACUACUUACCAAAUUCCAUUGGCAGUUACGUACUUUACAUAACUAUGUCCAUGAAUUCCUUGAGGCUGCGAACGGCCACGGUGGCGUUCCUGCUGGCGAUAUCUGGGGCCGUGACGGUCCUGUCCCGGCUGCGGCGAAGCACCUGCACGCGCAGCAGCAGCUUCCUCGGCGAGGCCGAGGCCGAGGAAGCCGUCAGGUGCGACGACGCAGCGGACGACGAUUCGGACGAGGCCCGCUCCUGACCGUCGCCCACACCACACAGGCACACAUCCGCGGAGCUCCGCGUGGCGCUGGCGCCGCGCGGGUGCCUGUGGCGUCGGGCCCGCCGGGGCGGCACCGAGGGCCCUGGCGA